GUCACACUGAUUUAUUAUUUUUGACGCAUUAAUAGUUAAGUGCGAGAAAGUAUUGUAAUAAAGUUAAAGUCGAAUUAAAAGCGCAGCAAGUUGUGGCGUGCUUCCCGGAAACGCAGCAUCCGACCACCUGCAACACCAUCGCACAACGGCGACCGCCGCAGCAAGAUGCACAUGAAUAAUAUUAAUAAAGGUGGAUAUGUGCCGCCUGGUCACUAUCCACCAAAUGCACCGCCAGCCGAGGGAGCUCCAUAUGCACCACCAAACGCGCCCUAUCCACCGGUGCCACAUGGAGCACCCUCACCACAGCCAGCUAAUUAUGGCUUCACUCCGCAACCACCUCCAGGGGGUUACGCGCCAGUACCUCAAAUGCCCUACGCAGAAGCCUAUGGAGGAGCAGCACCUUUUGGCGCCGGGGGUGGCGGUACAGGUGGCGUUGCACAGCCUUAUGGCUACCCACCCGGCCCAACUGGCCCUCCGCAACCAUUUGGAUAUGCACCAGGACCUCAGAAACCGAUUAUAAGUCAGCCAGGGAUGCCACCUGCACAUCCGCAACCCGGCAUGGGGCCAGCAGGCGACUGGAUGAGUAUACCUAUAGGCAUUCCGAACUGUCCGCGCGGAUUGGAAUACCUUACGAGUAUAGAUCAGCUCUUAGUUAAGCAGAAAGUGGAGCUGCUCGAAGCUUUCACUGGCUUCGAGACCAACAAUAAGUUCUCAAUCAAAAACGCUCUCGGCCAGAAGGUCUACUAUGCGGUGGAGGACACAGACUGCUGCACACGCAACAUGUGUGGUCCGGCACGGCCCUUCGAUAUGAAAAUUUUCGACAAUUACCAGCAAGAGGUCAUUCAUUUGAAUCGUCCAUUGGCCUGCUCAGCUUGCUGCUUUCCCUGCUGCCUGCAGACUAUGGAAGUGUCCGCUCCACCCGGCAAUAUUAUUGGCACUAUCGAACAGGAGUGGUCCAUUUGCAGCCCAUCGUUUCGCAUAUUGAAUCACAUUGGCGACACGGUGCUGCGCAUUGAGGGUCCCUUCUGCACGUUCUCGCUUUGCGGCGACGUAGAGUUCAAUGUGGUCUCUCUAACUGGGGAGAAGGUGGGAAAGAUUUCCAAGCAAUGGUCAGGCAUAGCACGUGAAAUCUUCACGGAUGCAGAUUUCUUUGGGAUAACAUUUCCACUAGACUUGGAUGUUCGCAUGAAAGCCGUGCUGUUGGGAGCCACUUUUCUCAUUGAUGCCAUGUUCUUUGAGAAGUCCGGAAACCAGGAGACCGAUCGUCCAGGCAUGUUCUAGCAUUUGUUUUAGUUUCUUUAAAUUCUGCUUGGACUUUUAUGACAAGAAAACUGUCCAACUUGGAGUAAAUUUUAAUAUCGAAGCCCUGUGAACUAUCGCUUACUAGUCCCCUUUGGCCAAAGCAACCGCAUUCUUAAAUCAACCAAAUUAUCCACUCUUUCAAAAAUAUAUUGCUACAAGCAAUUUAAAA